CUGGGGGACACCCUUUUGCCUUUGAGCCAAGAUGCAUCCUUAGCCACGCCCUAGAUCCAUCCCCCUGCCUGCACGAUGACGAUACAACGCUGAAACACUGUGAAGAAGACGCCCUAAGCAACAACACAGAGAAUUGCGCAGAAUAAGAAACUCCCGACCACAGAGAAGACGGAUUACCCACUGCCGCCUUAUUGCACACGGUGCAGGUGAAGGUUUUUUCCUCGACCCCUUCCCUUGUUAUCUGUAGAUUUUAUCAUGGGGAAUUGUCUCCUCGCUUGCUGCUCGUGAGCUAGCCUGUUUUGGCUAGCUAGUCGAUCCUCAAGACAAGCGAAACAGUCCCAGCUGUCCGGAAACUGGACUCACUCUGUGGGGGGUUAUCCGGAGAGCAGCUAACUACUGGUAGCACCGCUGCUGGCUAAAGAAAAAGAAAACCCAGCUCACCAGGAAUACUCACGGGGAUGGUUCUCUGGAACGAGGCUCUCCAUCGACAGAGAAAGGCGAGGGGUACACGGGUUAGACCACCGGGCGGGGAUUUGUGGACUGGAUGUGCUUUUAGCGGAGGGGAAUCGGCUCGUUUGGACGAGUGUCUGUGUUGCAUGUGCGAGCUAGCUCAGCCAUCUACCACAUCGACCCCCACACCAACUUUUUGAAACCGCCACCAAACCUACCGUCGGCGUGGUCCGUGUGCAGCCAGCUAAAUAUACAGUUUAGUGGUUGUGCUUCUUUUAUAAAUAGGUCGGACGGGAGGAAAGGAAAAUAAGCUACUGUGAAUGUAUCCAGUGUUGGAGAGAAGCAUAUAAAUGCUGCACAAUAAGUUAGCGCAACAAGCCAUUGUCAUUUCUAGGUUAGUGCUGGGAUAUUUUUAUGUUUUCAAAUCGGAUGCUGGCAUCUAUUCUGAAUCGCAAUCAUGAUGAUAAUAAGCAGAAAACCAGAGGGCCCAAUAGCAACAGCGCGUCACGCAGACGGUCUGUAUGACUCCUACAUGAGAACCGAUCACAUCCUGAAAGAAGAAACCGAUACAAACAGCCCCUCGGGGCUACCCCCCAUGUCCAAACACACGGGGGUCAGUACCAAGGACCUCAUGAGGGAACAGGUGGCGGUACGAGGGAGUCAACUCAAGGUCAAGUACCUGUACGAAGACUCCACUUACAAUCGCAAGGUCAACUGCAUCGCCACGGCAACGGCAACCCCUCAGAGCAAUGGCACCGCUGUUCAUGUGUCCACGAAACCUGUCGCGGUGUCGGGCCUCUCCAAGGAGCGCAGCGUUGACAGCACGGGGUCCAGUAAGGGCUCCAGUGACUCGGCAGGCCUCCAGGGCUCAGGCACUGUGGGGAACAGCACAGGCGGCGGCGGCGGCGGCAGCAAGCUGUGCGGGCCCCUCACCUCGGAGCAGGCGCUCAGGCAGUACCGCAACCAGCUGACCAGCCUGGAGCAGACAGAGAUCCACACCUACCCGGAGAUCUACUUCCUGGGACCCAACGCCAAGAAGCGGCAGGCGGUCGUCGGGGGCAGCAACAACUCGGGCUACGACGACGACCAGGGGGGUUACAUCCACGUCCCCCACGACCAUCUGGCCUAUCGUUACGAGUUCCUCAAGGUGAUCGGCAAGGGCAGCUUCGGCCAGGUGGCCAAGGUGUACGACCACAAGCUGCAGCAGCACCUGGCGCUGAAGAUGGUGCGCAACGAGAAGCGCUUCCACCGGCAGGCGCAGGAGGAGAUCCGCAUCCUGGAGCACCUGCGCAAGCAGGACCGCAACGGCACCAUGAACGUGGUGCACAUGCUGGAGAACUUCACCUUCCGCAACCACAUCUGCAUGACCUUCGAGCUGCUCAGCAUGAACCUGUACGAGCUCAUCAAGCGCAACAAGUUCCAGGGCUUCAGCCUGGCGCUGGUGCGCAAGUUCGCCCACUCCAUCCUGCAGUGCCUGGAGGCCCUCAACCGGCACCGGAUCAUCCACUGCGACCUCAAGCCCGAGAACAUCCUGCUCAAGCAGCAGGGGCGCAGCGGCAUCAAGGUGAUCGACUUUGGCUCCAGCUGCUUCGAGCACCAGCGGGUGUACACGUACAUCCAGUCCCGCUUCUACCGGGCGCCGGAGGUGAUCCUGGGCUCGCGCUACGGCCUGCCCAUCGACAUGUGGAGCUUCGGCUGCAUCCUGGCGGAGCUGCUGACGGGCUACCCGCUGUUCCCCGGCGAGGACGAGGGGGACCAGCUGGCGUGCGUCAUGGAGCUGCUGGGCAUGCCGCCGCAGAAGGUGCUGGAGCAGGCCAAGCGGGCCAAGAACUUCAUCAACUCCAAGGGGCACCCGCGCUACUGCGGGGCCAACACCCUGCCCACCGGCGCCACCGUGCUGACGGGCUCCCGCUCCCGCCGCGGCAAGAUGAGGGGGCCCCCCGGCAGCAAGGAGUGGAGCGCCGCCCUCAAGGGCUGCGAGGACCCCACCUUUACUGACUUCUUAAAGAAGUGCCUGGACUGGGACCCCACCACCCGCCUCACCCCCAGCCAGGCCCUGCGGCACCCCUGGCUGUACCGCCGGCUGCCCAAGCCGGUGCCCGGGACCGACAAGGGCCAGGGCCCCACGGUGAAGAGGCUCCCCGAGCACCACAGCACCUCCUUCCCGUCCAUCCUGGCCAAAGGCGGGUCCGGCCUGGGCACGGCCGCGGCCGCCAACAACAAACUGCGGGGCGCCAUGAUGGCGGACCCGGGGGAGACCAUGCCCCUCCGCACAGUCUUGCCCAAACUGGUCUCCUAGAAACCAAGAGCCGCUCUGUUGUCUCGCUCCAUCCCCAUCUCCGCUCCUCCGGAAGGGUAGGAGGAUGGACCGGAUGGAAGCAUAGGGUUUUUAAAAUGGCAAAAAAAAAAACGUGUUUGGUUGUUCUUUUGUUUUACACAGAGCGGUGUCGACACCCCUGGUCUUGGUUUUUAAUAUUAGCUGAAUUGAGAGCGCAACAGAGACUUGUUCUUAUAGUUAAAAACAAAAAGACUACAUUUUAGGAUUUUUUUCUACCGCGGUUCCCUUGAGGGGCUGUACGAUCCCUGUCUGAGAGCCUUUGUUAAGGCUGGAGUCAGACGGGGCUUUUUAAAGACUCUGUGAGUGGACAGUGCUGUACGGUAGCGGAUGUUUUUACCUUUGUAUGGGUGUCUGUGAGUUACAUGCACAAACAUACACACCCACUCAUACUCAUGCACACUUUGCAUCGUUUCUUGACAUAAACGUACACAUACACGUACAUCCUCAUUAUACACAUGUUCCGCCCCCUUUGGGACGGGAUUACAAUUGAGUAAAAACUUGAAAAGGGCUAAAGAGAAGUCUCUCGGAUCAGGUAGCAAGUGCUCACUACCCAUGAUUUUUCCAGAGAUUCACUCAGCUCGAGGUUUUUUAGGCCCCGCACGUGGAAACACUACUCACACCCGCACAUUGAACGCGGAAAAAAAAUCCUCUGCUUGGGGUCUAAGGGGCAUGGCGUUUUGAAGUGAAUUAGGAAAUAGUUGGUGUUGUCAAUCAUGUAGGCCAGGCCCUCAUUUCUCUGCUGUCCCCCUCUUUCCAUUUUCUGCGCCUUGGUGCUGCUGGCGUGUCAACUCGGUAUGUUUGCGCGUGUGUGUGUGUGCGGGUUCACGGUUUGUGGUGUUAUGUGUGUGUGAGCCGUAUAACAGGCGGUAAGGGACAGCCGCCUGCAUUCUAAAAUGGCCUCCUGUCUUCUCUGGGUGAGAAGAGGGUGGAUGGGUGAGGAGGGACGCCCGGGUGACACCGCCCCUCUCUACAAUCUUCUUCAGCUAAUCAUACCUUUUGCCCUCCAUACUUUACGAGGUGAUUUGGAAUUGGCAACCGUGUGAGGCACACGCAAAGAGAAACCGUCGACCUCUUUGGAUUUACAUACAACCCAACAAACUCAAAAACACACACGCAGGCCUGUGUCAAGUUGAUUGCCAGAAAUGGGUUGCAUUAUUAAAUUGACAAAUUUUAAGGAGUGAUUAGAAUGUCGCCUUCCCCAUGGCUCUGAUUGGUUGCGAGGUCGUUGGCAGUGGCUACAUGGCGGAGGCUAGAAGAAACGGGUUAUUAUGAAGUGACGCAGCAGGGGCGGGGGGAAGCCACGUACAAGGAGGUUGUUAAGGACUUGGCAGGCCAGCGAGCGAGCGAAUGUGACGCGUUUUUAGAAAGGGUUCUCAGGGAGACAUACUUGACACAUCCCAUAACCGUAUAUUAUCAACCGGGCUUCUUAACAGUCGGCCCAGUGCUGACCGUGGACUCGCGCGCACGCACGCGCGCACUCACACACACGGCACCGACCGCUGUGAGAGAGGGUGAGACCGUUUAUAUAUAUAUAUCUCUCUCAUGUAUGCGUCUGUAAUGGGGGAAUGCAUGCGCCACAACCUGACCUACAUACUCCGUACUCCCCCGGUCUCUGCUGUCUCUCCCGGUGCCUCUCCGUAGUGGUGGAUGGGCAGGUGGUAAAGCUCGCCAUACGGAUCAUGAACCAAGGUGCUGUCGUGUUUUAUCUCACACACUCACACAUGCACACUCACUAAAUGUACCAGUAUGUUCACAUACUCUCAACGCUCAUGCACAGGAGCACACGGCAGGUGCAUGUGGUAUGGACCAGACCACUCUUUAGAGUUCAGGGGACUUCACAACCCCACCACCAUCCUGUUUUAGUCUUUUUCUUAACAUCCCUUUCGCUGUUUUGAUAAACUGUCAGGGAUUUCUACUCAUCGUGUCUCCUUCAUAAAUGAGAUUUCUACAUGCUCCAGGAAAAAAUGAGGCAAAGGUGUAAAGUAAUGCAGAAGUGGCUGUAUGCCUUUUUUUGUCAUGUUAUAAUAAUGGUGUGUGUUGGUAGGAUGGUGUUGUCCAGCAUGAGAUCACAGCCUCUUCUACAGACUGAGUGACUAUCAGAAGAGAAACUGUACAGUAACCAAAUUAACUUGUGAUAGUUUCUUUUUCUAAAGAAAAUAAAAUGGAUAUUAACUGAA